CCUGAGUGUGGAGCCGGCAAAAACGCAGGAGAGCGGUGUGGAAGUGAUCUGUAAACAACGUCGUAAAAUCAGAAUGUUUUGAUUUGAUCGGAAAGAUUUUGUAUGAAAACGGUGAUAUAGUCCAGGGUACAUGUAUUGGGGUUGGACUCACCACACAGGAAACACAGAAUGAGUUUUUCUAAUCAGGAAGCACCAGGUAUUGGAUUUAAGAAGUUUGUGUCAGAGGAGGAACUUGAGGAGAAACGGAAGAAGAGACAGGAGGAAUGGGAUAAAGUGAGACAACCAGAUGACCCAGAAGAGUGUCCAGAAGAAAAAUAUGAUCCCCGUUCUCUAUUUGAGCAGCUGGAAGAUCAGAAAAACAAGAAACAAGAAGAAUAUGAGGAGCAGUUCAAAUUGCGUAACCAAGUAAAAGGGCUGGGUGAAGAUGAGGCUGAGUUCCUGGAUUAUGUUUCUAACCGACAGAUUGAGAUCAACAGGCAGCGCGCAGUGGAGACAGACUCUAUUCUGCAGGAGAUGAGAGAAUCUAAGGUGGAGAUAAUUGCUGCUAAAGAUAACAAACAGGAGGAGAAGAAAGUGUUGAAACCUCAAGUGGGAGCCUCCCAGGGCAAGUCCCAGAUGGCGCUACUAGCAGGGGCUAUCAAACGGAAGAGCUCCGAUGCUAAAGACGAUGAGAAGAAGAGAAAGCUCUCAGGUGGAGACUCUCCAUCCAAGGAAACAAAAGACAAUGACAAACCAGGCAGUUCCUCAGCAAAUUCUGUGGCUAAGAUAAUUGGAGUGUUGCCAGGAUUAGGAGAGUACACGAACGACACGAGUGACUCAGAGACGUCCAGCAGUGAUUCUGAAGUGGAGGUUAAAGCUACAGACAGUGUCAUCAUACGUUCCAAAUGAUGCCCUCAGCUUACAUACAUGUGUGCAAGACCUUACACAUCAUCCGUGUAUUUUAUAUGUAUGCUGUGCAGUCUAGUAUCCACAGUGAUAACAAUGAAAGUGCUUUUACCAGAUAACCAUGGCGCAGAAUGUAAUGUACAGGAAGUGGGUUGUAACUUGUAUUUCUUGGAGUGGAGUUUCAUCUGUAAAUACUUACCGAGGUGUGUUUGCCACAGUCGGUGUAAGUGAGAAAGUCAGUGGCACAGACUCUGGACACAGAUGGAAGGUUUUCACGAUUGCUUCCCACGAGGGUU